AUGAAACCCAACGACAAUGUGCCAAUACUGACCAAGACAGACUCCGAGGUUAGCAGCCUCUCCCAGUCCUCACCGCCCCGCUCUCCCCGCCGGCCCGUAUACUACAUCCAAAGCCCUUCCCAUGAGUCCGCCUCCACCCGCUUUUCCGGCUCUCGCAAGAGCAGCUCCACCAACCACAUGGGCCCAUGGAGGCCCUGGAAGGACCACUUCCUAUAUAGUUGCUACUCUUCCCCAUUCAGAAUGGGAGUUAAGAUUAGGAGGAUAUUUCUUCUUUUGAAGAAUUUAUUUAAUGCCUUUGAUGAGAUCAUGACUUGGGAAGUCCAUGGGGCAAAUGGAAACACAGGAGGUCCUAGCAGGUUUCUCAUUUACUAUUGCUUAAAUUUAUCAUAUUCAGAAAAUGGAGAAGGACUUCAAAUUCUUCAUUACGAAGUAGGGCAAAAAUACGAGCCUCACUAUGAUUACUUCCUUGAUGAGUUCAACACUAGGAAUGGAGGCCAACGUAUUGCUACAGUUCUGAUGUACCUUUCAGAUGUUGAAGAAGGUGGUGAGACUGUAUUUCCUACAGCAAUUGCAAAUUUUAGCUCUGUGCCAUGGUGGAAUGAUUUAUCCCAAUGUGCAAGAAAGGGUCUGUCUGUGAAACCAAAAAGGGGAGACGCUCUGCUAUUUUGGAGCAUGAGGCCUGAUGCCUCAUUAGAUCCAUCUAGUUUACAUGGUGGUUGUCCAGUAAUUAAAGGAAAUAAAUGGUCUUCGACAAAGUGGAUGCAUCUCCAUGAGUACAAGGUUUAAGCCAUCGUCUUUGCAGGAUUAAUGUGGUAUACUGAGUAUUUCAUCGCUUUUUUGGACUGGAGAAACACAGGGUCAAUGCAUUCAUAUUAACCUCUUAUACCUGGUGAUGUUUUCCUUUGCUCAGGUGCGCUAGUUUUCUUCACAUGUAUA